UGCCACACGGCAGACUGCCAGCUGAUUUUUCGUUAGUUUUUUUUAUUAUCAAACGCAAGAGCGAAAAGAAUGUCGAAAUUUCUGUCGCAAACGGCUUUAAAUACGCUUCGUAAGACGCGUUUUGGUACGCCGCAGCUGCUGCGCAGCUUUGCGGCUAUCGGCUCCUCCACGCGUAACAACGCGGAACCGGCAACAUCGGGAAAUCCGGGAUAUGGACAGACCCAAGGACGCGGCCUCCUGCAAAUGCAGCUACCGCUGUCGCCUAGGAGAAGCAUGUUCAUCCAGACGCAGGACACUCCGAAUCCCGACAGCCUGAAGUUCCUGCCCGGCGUGGAUGUCCUGGGCAAGGGCAACACCUACGACUUCCCCAACGGAACCACCGCCCACAGCAGUCCUUUGGCCAAAUUGCUGUUCCGCGUGGAGGGCGUGCGAGGCGUGUUCUUUGGCUCCGACUUCGUGACCAUCUCGAAACAGGAGGGCGCCGAGUGGAGCCUAAUUAAGCCCGAGGUGUUUGCGGUCAUCAUGGACUUCUUUGCCAGCGGCCUGCCCGUUUUGCACGACGCCCAGCCCAAUGCCGACACGGAGAUACUCGAGGACGACGACGAGACGGUGAUGAUGAUCAAGGAGCUGCUCGACACGCGCAUCCGGCCCACCGUCCAGGAGGAUGGCGGCGACAUCGUCUUUAUGGGCUACGAGAACGGCGUGGUCAAGCUGAAGAUGCAGGGCUCCUGCUCCUCCUGUCCCAGCUCCAUUGUCACGCUGAAGAACGGCGUGCAGAAUAUGCUGCAGUUCUACAUCCCGGAGGUGGAGUCCGUGGAGCAGGUCUUCGACGAUGCGGACCGGAUGGCGGACAGCGAGUUCGAGCGCUUCGAGAAGAAUCUAAAGACGCUCAAACAGCAGGAGCCAAGUGGCGGUGGUUCUAAUUAA